UAGUACGGCGCGAAAAACUAAAUUUCAUACGGUCAACCGGACCGGACCGUUGGUAACCGAUCGUUUCUCAGUGGUUCGGCAAUUUGGAUGAUGGAUUUCAUUGAGGAAUAGAAAAAAAAAAUUCUAUUUUUGAUUUAUUGAUGUUGAUAGCACUUGAUAAGUUUAAUAAUAAUAUUUACGCCGUGAGCUUAGCCUCUAAUCAUCAUGGUCGUUGCUCUAUGUACUCACUCACGGGCAAUAAUGAUAUAUAUGUAUACGGGUACACACAGUUUCAUAUUAUAAUCUGUCAUUCGAUCAUGACCAAGACGCCAAGUACAUUAUCAGCUGUGCCGUUAUCACUACCAGCUAUCUGUCAUAUACUCAUAUUAUUAUAUUUUGUUUUCGCUACAGAAUUAAAAUACCGAUUUGGAAAUAAUAAUGUAAAUUUUAAACGCAAACUUUUUUCGAUCACAACAAUAUAGUAUCGGCAUUCUCAAUCGUGUGAGAGCCAAAUCAGAUUUAACAUUGCUAGCUAGUGCCUGGCCGCGUACAAUGAAGUUCAUGAUCAGCACCUCUCGGUGCUAUGCUGCCACCAAUUGCAGAUUGUUGAAUUUUGAACACAGAACGUACAAAAACAGUCGAUUUUUCAGGAAUUCAGUAGUUUUGCAGUUACCAAGCAAGGAACCAUUGAAAACAGAUACAAAACCUCAGGCAGUUCCGCCCUAUCUAAGUGGCAGUGGUGUUGAUAGUACUAACCAAUGUUUACAAUCUACUGAAAAAAAAAAUGCUUCGUUAAAUAACACUGUUGUUAAGCAUGAUAAUAAAUUAGACAAUAAACAAAAUAUGAAUGAGACAAAGAUCUUAGAUGAUAAAAACUUCACAAUGCGACUUGCGAAGAGAAUUGAAAAAUGGUCUCCAUCUACUGCAAAAUAUGCAAGACUGAGUGUUUUUGGGUGUAAAUAUCUAUACAAAGAUGUUCUAGUGUUACUGUCAGCUUAUAAAAAAUAUUAUAGUUCUGAUUUGUCGUCCUUAACUUAUGCCGAGUUGGAGUUGAAGUAUAGGUUACCAAUGCAACUUGUUCGUUUGACACCGAUCCUAAUUUUUUGGCCUGUACCAUUCACUAAUUUGUUUCUGUUUCCAUUAGCGUUCAUGUUUCCUAAGUAUUUGCUAUCUGAGCAUUUUUGGUCAGAUGAACAACUUAAAGAGUAUUGGAUAAAAGAUCAACAGAACAAUUUUGAACACACCAUGAGAGUUUUUGAGCAUUUGAGCUUAAUGGCUGAAGAAUGUUCAGAUGAUAUGCUUUUAAAAUGGUUUCGGGUAAUUGAAUGUUUGGGAGCAGGAGGUGUAUCCCCAGUGGACGACAUUAUUCAAGCCAUCCCCGUUUUUACUAUGUUCCCGUAUCAUUUUAGUACUUUGCCUCGUCAACAUAUUACAGUACUAUUAAAAAUGUAUAACAUACACCGUGGAUGGAGAAGAAGAGUGAGGUUAAAGAAAUUAGCACAAUACAUACAAUUUAUGGAUAAGGCAAUAGAAUCCGAAGGUGGGCCUGAUCAAUUAAAUGAUAGACAGUUAAAAUGGGCAUGCUUAUUUAGAGGUUUAAGCCCUUUUUCGUCAACUAGGGAAACACUUGUCUUAUAUCUAAAAGACUGGAUAAAGAUCUCCUCGAAGAUCGAUAAUGAUUCACUUAGCUGUAUACUCCAUUGCCAGGUUUUAUUGGCAUUAAAUCGACCAGAAAAUGACAUACUAAGGAAGACAGAAUAAUAAAUGGUGCUUAAUUAAAAAGUAAAAUAAAUUAUCAUUUAAAACGUAGACAGAAUAAGCCAUUGUAAUUACAAUAAUAAUAAAAUCUAGUCUGUACUUUU